AUGGCCGCCCGGGGCCGGGUGUCCGGCUGCCGCCGGCCUGGCUCGGGGCCGGGCAGGCCUCUGCUGACUCGCCCCCUCCUGAAGUACGUCCGCGUCUCGCCGGACACGCCGCCCGCGCGGCUCUGCCAGCUGCUGACCACGCACUGGGGCCUGGACCUCCCCAACCUCCUCAUCUCGGUGACCGGGGGCGCCAAGGACUUCAGCAUGGAGCCCCGGCUGGGGAGCGUCUUCCGGAGGGGCCUGGUCAAGGUGGCCCAGACCACAGGGGCCUGGAUCAUCACGGGCGGGACCCACGCGGGCGUGAUGAAGCAGGUGGGCGAGGCCGUGUGUCCAAGCGGCGGCUGCAGCGUGAGGGACGUGGUCACCAUCGGCGUGGCCACCUGGGGCGUCAUCCACAACCGGGAGAGCCUGGUGCGCCAGACCAUCCACAGAGCCAUCGCCAACGGCACCCCCUGCGUGGUCAUGGAGGGCUCGGGCCGCGUGGCCGACCUCAUCGCCCAGCUGGCUGACCUGCCGGUCUCCAGCAUCACCGUCGACCUGGUCCAGCAGAAGCUGAACAUGCUUCUCCCGGAGACCAAGGUCGGGGCUGUGGAGUGGACAGAGAAGAUCCAGGACAUCGUGAGGAAGCAGCAGCUGCUGACCGUCUUCCGGGAGGGCAAGGACGGCCAGCAGGACAUGGACGUGGCCAUUCUACAGGCCUUGUUGAAAGCCUCCCGCAGCCACAGCCACGUUGGCCACAAGAACUGGCUCCACCAGCUCAAGCUGGCAGUGGCCUGGAACCGCGUGGACAUUGCCCGCAACGAGAUCUUCACCGAUGAGUGGCGGCCGAAGCCCUCGGAGCUGCACCCCGCCGCGAGGAUCGCGCUCGUCUCCGACAAGCCCGAGUUCCUGCGGCUCUUCCUGGAGCGCGGGGUGCAGCUGGCCGAGCUGGUGUCGCCGGACGCGCUGCUCGCCCUGUACCGGGACCUGGACCCCGCCUGCCUCUUCCACCGCAAGCUGCAGAGGGCGCUGGGCGAUCACAAAGCCUGGGCCGCCCUGCAGCUGUGCCACGUGUCCGACGUGCUGUCGCACCUGCUGGGGGGCUCCACGCAGCCUCUGUACCGGCCUCGGCCGGCAGCUUGGGUGCUGGUGUUCCCCCAGAAGCACCCCUGCCGCCAGGCCGCCGCCGCCGACCCGGUGCGGGACCUUCUCAUCUGGGCCGUGGUCCAGGGCCGCCGGGAGCUGGCGGAGAUCGUCUGGGCUCAGAGCCAGGACUGCAUCACGGGGGCCUUGGCCUGCACCAAGAUCCUGAAGGAGCUGGCCAAGGAGGAGACGGACACGGACAGCCAGAAGCAGCUGGAGACGCUGGCCGAGGAGUACGAGGACCGGGCCAUGGGGGUGCUCACCGAGUGCUACCGGAGCGACGAGAACGCAGCACAGAAGCUGCUCACCCACGAGUCAGAGACCUGGGGCUCGACCACUUGCCUACAGCUCGCCCAGGAGGCUGAGGACAUGGACUUUAUGUCCCACGGGGGCGUCCAGGCCUUCCUGACCCGGGAGUGGUGGGGCCAGCUCUGUGUGGACAACACGCUCUGGAAGGUGCUGCUGUGCGUGGUGUUCGUCCCGCUGCUCUACACCGGCCUCGUGGCCUUCAGGUCCGCGGGGCGCCCAGCAGGCCGGCCGAGUGCACGCGCCUUCCUCAGCGCCCCGGUGGUGGCCUUCUACCUGAACACGCUGACCUACCUCGCCUUCCUCUGCCUCUUCGCCUACGUGCUCAUGAUGGACUUCCAGCCCAGGCCCUCCUGGUGCGAGUGGCUCGUCUACCUCUGGCUCUUCUCGCUGGGCUGCGAGGAGCUGCGGCAGCUCAUCCACGGCUCCCACGGUGGGUGCGGGCUGGCGAAGAUGGCCUCCCUGUACUUCAGCGACUUCUGGAACAAGCUGGACGUGGCUGCCAUCCUGCUGUUUCUCGCGGGGCUGACCUGCAGGUGGGCACCGGGCGUCUCGCACUGGUGGCCGCUCCCCACGAGCCCGGCUGUUCUGCGCUGCCCUCGGGAGGGGCUGCGUGCGCGCGCCUGUCUGGGUGUGGCCCGGGCGGGAGUGCAGCUGUCGCCGCCCUGCCCACAGACGAAGGACGUCUUCUUCUUCGUCUUCCUGCUGGCCGUGUGGGUGGUGUCCUUCGGGGUGGCCAGGCAGGCCAUCCUCGUCCACAACGAGAGCCAGCUGGGCUGGAUCCUGCGGGGGGCCAUCUACCAGUCCUACCUCACGGUCUUCGGGGAGAUGCCUCCCUACAUGGACGGAGUGGACUUCAGCCUGGAAAAGUGCAGUCCCCUCGGCGUGGACCCCCACAAGCCCAAGUGCCCUGAGCACGACGCCGAGCGGCAGGAGCCCGCGUUCCCCGAGUGGCUGACGGCCACCCUGCUCUGCCUGUACCUGCUGUUCACCAACAUCCUGCUGCUCAACCUGCUCAUCGCCAUAUUCAAGGUGGAUGCCAUAGUGGACCUGCUGGAAAUGGACCGUCUGAGGCAGUCGGGCUCCCUGGAGCAGAGACUGACCUCUUUGGAGGAGCAGGUGGCCGAGAUGGCCAGAAUGCUGCGUUGCAUGGCCAGCACCCCGAGGGGAGCCGGCCUGGGCUCGGAGCACGCGCCCACCCCGGGCGCUCAGACUCCCGCAUUCCACCGUCCUCCAGAGGUGCUCGCUGAACUGAGCUGCGCAGGAAAAGGCGCCGGGAGCCCGAGGGCUUAAGCCUUUGUCGUUCGCCUUCCGCGCCACGUCUCUCAGUGUGGGAGCGGGGGACAGUCAGCGUUUCACUCCUGCGCCUGGCCUUGUUCCGGUCUGUUUACGCUGCUCUAAUGAGAAUGAGGAACUUAGUAACUCCAGAAAAAAGCAGCUUUCCUUUUGUUUUGCUAACUUUUGUUAGAACAUACAAAUGUAAGUUAUACUGACACAAAUUCAUCUGCCUGCUUUAUCACUAGUAAAUUGUUUGCCCAGCUGCAAAAGAGAAUAAUCAUAGUAACAUUUUGCUUGUUAGCUGUGUUUUCCUUAAAAAUAGAUAAGUGUUAAAAAAAAAAGAAAAAACAACAACAUAAAAAGAAAAAUAAAAAAGUAAAAUUGAUAAGUCUUAUCAUCUUGGCUGAAGUCAGAAGACUUCAAACUAUUCUUGGGAAAAUGUUCUCGUUGUUAUUUGUUUGCUCGGUGCACAUGCUGAUGAAACCCCUCUGCGUGCUGACAUGAAAACAAUAAAGACCCGCUGAG